AUGGUCCUUCCUAGUUACUAUAUCCCAGAAGCAGUUCCACUAGUACCAAUAAAGCACAUUUCGCACUUGAAUGUGAGUUUUGAAGUAGAAAAUGGGAGAAAGCAAGUCAACAGAAUCAUCUUGAUUGGUGACAUCCACGGACAUUACAAUGAAUUUAAAGAAUUAUUGAGGAGGGCCAAGUACAACAAAAAGAAGGACGAGUUAUUGGUUGUGGGAGAUUUUGUCACCAAAGGCCCUGAUUCGUUUAAAAUGUUGGAUUACUUGAUUGACAACAAUGUCCAGUGCAUUUUGGGCAAUCAUGAGUAUUAUGUGCUACAAUAUUACGCAAAUUUUCAUGCCAUUGAUCAGCCCAGCUUUUAUUUGAGCGACACUGAAGAAACAAGCCGAAUUUGGGCAAGAGGAGCAUUCAAUGAUGAUCCCGAAUAUCUUUUUGCCAAAAAGUUGCAACCUCGCCAUGUGAAGUACAUUAACCUGUGUUCGGUGAUCAAGGAACUUGGUGUGGUGCCAGUGGAAAACAAUGGAGUUGCUCCCGGGGUUGCCGUUCAUGCUGGCCUUCGACCGGAUUUGAAGUUGAGUCAACAGGAUCCUAUUGACAAUUUAGAGAUGCGCUCUCUUAUAGGCCCAUUUUUCAACGAAACAACCUCGGACCCCGAUGCUCCAUUUGCAAAAAGCUGGUCAAAGGUUUAUAACUCGAGACACGGUAAGGCACCGGCAAACUACGUGGUGUAUUAUGGUCACGAUGCUGGAAGAGGGCUCAAGUUGAAACAGUACACAAGGGGGUUGGAUUCUGGAUGUGACAAAGGUGGGAAAUUGACUGCCGCUGUGAUUUCCUCGAGCAAGAAGAAGAAGGGAAAAGUGGUGUUGGAAGAGAAAAUUGUGCAAGUUGAUUGCUAG